AUGAUAUGUGCUAAGAUAAGAAUAGAUUCCAACCAACACUUCAUCGAAAUAUCUUGGAGGCAUUGUUUCUUGGGUACCGGUACGAGUUAUGUAUGUACUGCGGUUGACAGUGAUCAAAGUGUGUUUUAUAUGUUCAAUGCGGCUCUAAAUUCUACUCGGCAUAUUGAAUUAUUUGUUGAGUAUUCGUCUGUUGGAAAUGCCUACAUCCUACCAAUUGUUGAUCAUGGUGUUGGAUCAUCUACGAGGUUUGAACCUAUGAGCAUCGAUUGCGGUAUGAAUGAGCAAACAGAUGCUGCAGAUUUUGCAGAUGUUGGAUUGAAUACUCAAGAGAAUGUACAAGAGCAUGCUGAUGUUGAUGUUGUACGAGGAGACCUUGCAGAUCCAGAAUUGUCGUCCUCAUCGUCUGAUGAUAUUUUAAGUGAUGAUUCUGUUGCUAAAAAAUUCGCCAUCACCAAUGACAAAUUUCAUGUGGUAGUCAGUUAUAAGAAGGCAUGGUAUGCACGGAGAAGGGCUUUAGAGAUUGUAUUUGGUGGAUGGGAGGAGUCAUUUAGGGAUUUACCAAGCUACAUGCUUGAACUGCAGUAUAGGAAUCCAGGCACCAUUGUUGAGUGGAGGCAUAACGAGUUGUUGAGCCAGGGCCGUACUAAAGUCUUCUAUUACGUGUUCUGGGCACUUGGGCCUGCUAUACAUGCUUUCCAGGAAAUUCAUGUGGUGAAGUACGAAAGGGAGGUAUGCAUCAUUUCGGAUAGGCACAAAGGAAUCAUCAAGGCUAUGCGUUCUGAUGAAUGGAAAAAGCCGCCGAUAUGUCACCACAAAUUUUGUUUGAUCCAUGUGAGGAAAAAUAUCUUGUCAAAACUUAAGGGUAAGGGAGGUAAAGCGAAAGGCAUGAUACGGGCAUUGGGUGUCACAACUCAAGUACGCAAGUACGUGAGAAGGCGACGUGCACUACGGGAGGAAAGUCUUAUUGCGAUACACGAGCUCAACAAAGCCAAAAAAGAGAACUGGUCUCUUUGCUAUGAUGAUGAACUGAGAUGGGGGGUGCCCUCAACAAACAUGUCAGAGAGCUACAACAACGUACUAAGAGGUGUAAGAGAGUUGCCAAUUAGAGCUUUGGUUGAUCUGACAUUUUGGCGAACAGUUGAAUGGUGGGCAGAUAGAAAGACUGAAAUACAACAAACCGAAGGUCGGUUGACCCCCUGGGCGAGGGACAAACUUGUUGCGAAUGAUGCGAAGGGGCAAAUGCAUUACUGUUCAGUAGUCGCCCGAGAAUUAGGUCAUUACCAAAUUCGUAGUCGUCCACGUGUUGAAAAUGGAAAGGCAAAGGGCGAUAACAAACAAGAUGUCGAGUUUAUGGAUUCAAAGUGCAGUUGUGGGAAGUGGCAGAUGUGGAGAGUCCCUUGUUCACAUGCGUGCACCGUUGCCAGAGAUCGAGGUAACUCUAUGUUUGAACUCAUUGAUAAACACAACCACAAAGCUACAUGGGAAGCACAGUACUAUGGUGUCUCAUUUCAAGCACCAAGACACCAAGACUAUUGGGCAAAUCCUGGAUGGAAAUUGCGUAUCACCCCUGAGCAGUUGCUUCCUCGAAAGCGCGGACCAGGCAGAAGAAGGAGGAUUCCUAAUCAAAUGGAUGUCCGCGAGGAAGAUGAACCGAGAGCUCCACGCAAGUGCAGGAAUUGCGGUGUAGAGGGUCAUGACCGAAGAAACUGCACAGUCGGUCGUGUUAUGUAG